AUGAUCCUGCUGGUCUUCGACGUUGGCCCCGAAGACGACACCAACUUACAGUGCGCGCGCAACGCAGAAGCGGACGAGCUCUACGGCGAGACGCCAAUUCUUGAGGUCAAGAAUUCGGCGCAGAAUAACCAAGGUGAGAUCCAGAAUAAGGUGAGCAAGGCCGAGCUUGCCGAGAUCACCGCUGCGCUGAGGAUGCGCCUGAGCGAGACGCACAGGCAACGGUGCGAUCCAGUGGGAGCCGCCGGGACGGCCGUGCUCGCGUGCGGCACGGUAGGUCCUCUACCACCGAGUCUUGUCGAGGCCUGCUUUGAGCGCCUAGGCAUCCUGCGCAAGCUGUUCGACAAGUACGAGGUCGCCAUGGCUGGCUGGGAGCCUGGGUGCGCGGCGCGGCUGGAGGGGCUGCCGGGGCCGCGCGACGAGGCGAAGGACAAGGAGCUGGAGAGGUACAUCGGCAGCCUUCCGGAGGGCUUCGAGAUAGACGGUCCAGCGCCCUGGGUCCUGAGACUCGACGCGGACGGCUGCGUGCGGGCGGCGCUUGGCGAGGAGGAGCAGCUCCCCUCGCACCGCUUCGAGCUUCCCGACCUGGGCGGCUGCAACUUCGCUGUGACCGUGCGCGCACGGAACCUCGAGGAGACGACGAUAGUUUAA